GGAGGGCGGAGGGCUCUUCCCCCUCCAACGGCCACAAAUGGCCUCUGCCUUCAACACACUGCAGCAGGAUCACUUCCUCCCUGCGUCUUUACGUAAGUACUCUUCAACACUUAAUGCAUCUAAACUACUUCCCUUUUCUUCCCCUCUUCACACUUUCUGGACUCCCAAGCGCACACUACAACCGAGAUUUUCUACGUCUAGAGCAAAUGUUGCCCAAAUUUACACAGAGCUCUCUACCCCAAGCGCCGAACUUGCAACCCGAACCACCAAAUUUAGAAACAGAAAACAAAAAAGUUCUGGGACUUCUCGUCGAACUUCUGGAGACGAAUGGUUAGACACAGAAUCUGCGAAAACCCGUGUUAGUUCAGCGGUGGAGGAAAAGACUGAGAAGGGUUUCACAGGAAAUGAACACUCAAGUAAGACCUUGGAUUCUGGACAAAAGAGUGAUAUGGGUUCUGGCGCUCAUGGGUUUUCUUCUCCGAGGUCUAAAAAUGGAAAUUCAUCACUGAAAUUUUCGAAAACUAUGAUUAGUUCUGUAGUAGUUAAUGGAAUGGAUAGAAUAUCCAAGAACGACAAUGAUAAUAAGGUGGGAGCGGAGAAUAUAGUAAUGGGUUCUAAGAAAAAGAAGGUGGAUUCGUCGGAAACUCGGUUUAGAGUUGCGUUGGAUAUGUGCUCAAAAAGAGGAGACGUUUUGGGUGCUAUUAGGCUCUAUGAUUUGGCAAGAAGCGAAGGCGUCGAGGUGGGGCAGUACCAUUAUAUGGUGCUUUUGUAUCUUUGUUCUUCUGCAGCGGUAGGUGUUGUUACACCUGCCAAAAGCGGGAAAGGUGCUCGCACUUUGAAUACAUUGGACUCCAUUGAAGCAUGUGGUGUGGGUGAAAUUGGGGACAUGGUUGAGAAGAAUUUUGGGGGCACUGGAUCAAAUAUUGUCAUUUCUAACAAUCGGGGCUUGGUUGAUUUAGGUAAUAGUCGUGAAAAUACUGAUACAGUGGAGGUGAAUUCUGAUCAUUUUCCAGUGGGAAAAAUGAAACAUGAUGUAGGUAGCAGUUUGGAUGGAAAAGAGUAUGUUAAUGGGAAUGUGGACUCUAAUUCUCAUUCUUUGGAUGAUUUGAGAAAGGGUGUUGGUGAUACAUUUGUUAUUGCAGAAUACCGAAGCACUGGUCAAGGAGAUGGAGAUAUUUGGGUUGGAGAAGAUGUCAAGAAGUAUGCACUCCAGAGGGGUUUUGAAAUCUAUGAGAGGAUGUGUUUGGCUAAGGUGCCAAUGAAUGAAGCAAUAUUGACGUCUGUGGCUAGGUUGGCAAUGUCGAUGGGUAAUGGUGAUAUGGCAUUUGAUAUGGUAAAGCAAAUGAAGCCACUGGGGAUAAACCCCAGGCUACGAUCCUAUAGUCCUGCUCUGUCUACUUUCUGCAGUAGUGGGGACAUUGAUAAGGCUUUUUCUGUUGAAGAGCAUAUGCUGAAGCAUGGUGUCUGUCCGGAAGAGCCUGACCUGGAAGCACUCCUAAGAAUUAGUAUAGGAGCUGGCAGAAGUGACAAGGUUUAUUAUUUGCUGCAUAAUCUUAGAACAAGUGUAAGAAAGGUCUCAUCUUCUACUGCAGAUUUGAUUGAAACAUGGUUCAAGAGCAAGAUAGCUUCAAGAGUUGGAAAAAGAAAAUGGGACCAGAGAUUGAUUAAGGAAGCAAUAAAAAGUAGCGGUGGAGGCUGGCAUGGGCAGGGUUGGUUGGGUAGAGGAAAGUGGACUGUUUCACACACGAUUGUUGGAUCCGAUGGUUUAUGUAAAAGUUGCGGAGAAAGAUUGGCCUUGAUUGAUCUUGAUCCAACAGAAACGGAGAAUUUUGCUAAGUCGGUCGCAUCUCUAGCUAUAAGUAAAGAGAAAAAUUCAACCUUUCAGAAAUUUCAGAAAUGGUUGGAUUACUAUGGACCUUUUGAGGCUGUUGUAGAUGCAGCUAAUGUGGGCCUUUUAAACCAAGGGAGAUUCAUGCCAUCAAAGAUCAAUGCUGUUGUUAAUGGAAUACGCCAGAUGCUUCCUUCAAAGAGAUGGCCACUUAUCAUUUUACAUCACAAACGUGUCACUGGACGCAAAAUGGAUGAACCAGUAAAUAAGGCAAUAAUUGAGAAGUGGAAGAGAGGUGAUGCAUUUUAUGCAACGCCUACUGGUUCAAAUGAUGAUUGGUACUGGUUGUAUGCAGCUAUAAAGUUCAAGUGCUUGAUUGUGACGAAUGAUGAGAUGAGAGACCAUACAUUUCAGCUUUUAGGGAACAGCUUCUUCCCCAAAUGGAAAGAACGACAUCAAGUACAUUUCAGUUUUUCUGAUACUGGUCCGGUGUUUCAUAUGCCGCCUCCUUGUUCUGUUGUAAUUCAGGAAUCGGAGAAAGGCCACUGGCACAUUCCCAUUGUAUCAGAAAGUAAUUCUGAAGGGGAGAGAACAUGGUUGUGCGUCACUCGUGCUGUUCCACAGAUGGGAAAGCAAGAUUUUGCUCCUGGGCCCAAAGAGGAAUGUGCAGGCUCAAAAAUUCAACCCAAAUCUGGGGCGAAGCCUUCUCUGGCAAAUUAUGGCAAUCAAGAAAAUACUAAAACCUCACCUCAGGAACUCUACAGAAAUCUCAGAGAUGUUCUUUCAGACUCUCUGCCCUCGAAUCAUCAUACCAUCCUAUUUGACAUUGAAGCUGCAGAGGAAGUUGGUAGUUGUGUAAUUGAUUUUCAAAUAUGACUUGAUGUUGAUAAUGUUUGGGAUGUUCAGCCACUUGUGCACUGGCAAAGUGAUUCCGAUCUGAAACCUUCCCACAAUCAAGUUAAUAGACUAUACAACUGAAAAUUUUUUG